AUGUCCACCUCUGCUCCCUCUAUGCCAGACAUAUCAUUGACAUUUGGUCCUGACUACUGGGGCUUAGUCGUCUCUACACUUCUCUUAGGAGUUGCAGUUGUACAAGGAUACAUUUAUUAUGCAAACAAUUCUGAUGGAUGGUUUAUGCACAUCUAUGUAUUUGUUAUGCUUGCAUUGGACGUGGCAACAACAGCAUUAAUUGCUGAAGCUUUGUACUACUAUCUGAUUACAAAUGCGGGGAAUCCAAAUGCUUUAAAUACAAUCAGAAGCACAUUUUAUGCGGAAAUCUUUCUAUCCGUAAUAAAUAUUUUCUUAUCACAACAGUUUUAUGCAAGCCGCAUCUACGCAGCUGGUACACGUAGGCUUGGACGCCUAGCCGCUGCUAUCGUAAGCAUUCUCUCUGUGUUCUCACUUGGAGACAUCCUCGUCGGGCUCUAUCAACUGCACGCAGCGGGUCUGGAAUUCUCAUCUUUUACACAGCCGAGAUGGAAGAUUUUCGCUACUUCUGCAAUUUACGUAGAUACUUUUUGUGACGCUCUGGCAACGAUCU